AUGGGAUAAUGCAAAUGUUUAGAGGCACAAAAAUAAUUAACAAUUGAAGGGAUACCUAUUUACGAUUCUGUAGACCAAGAAUAGGAUUACCAAAUUUAAAGGAUAUUACAGCCUCUUAAAUUAUAUGAAACUUUACCAUUACCCUCUUAUUAUUCCUCCGUAGCAGAAUCUUAUGAGGACUUUUCUCCUGAAAAAAAUAUUCCUGAAGAUUCUAUGUGCACAGAUUUUGUGGUUCCAAACAUCGAGAUCACUCACAUCCCUGAAACUACCUUCUGCAAAAAUUACCCUUUAUCUGAAAAGGCAUAUUAACUUUAGGGUUUCGUUUAUAAGGGUUAAUGGAAAAAAUUUGAACCAUAUGGUUUUGGAGUUUUUGUUUAUAAUGAUGGCACUAUUUAUAUUGGCUAUAGUGUAAAUUUUAGCCCUCACAUUUAUGGGAAGAAAUUAUAUCCAGAUGGUUCAGAAUAUGAAGGAGAGUAUUUAUAUGGCUCUCAUCAUGGAUAAGGUAUUCUGAAAAAUAAAGAGCUGACAUUCUAGGGGAUAUGGUGCUCAAAUGUGCCAGCGAAAGGGGAGGAAUUAUGGAAGGAUGGCACCAUUUUUUAAGGAGAGUACAAAGAAGGUAAAAAAAGUGGGUUUGGUUUUAUGAAGUGGAAAAAUGGCAAUUAAUAUGAGGGUAUGUUUUAGAAUGAUCAAUUCGAUGGUUAUGGUGUGUAUAUAUUUGCAGAUGGGUUCAUUUAUGAAGGAGAGUGGAGGAAUUCAUAAAUGAAUGGAAGGGGAAAGUUAAUAUACCCUAAUUCAAGUUAUUUUGAGGGAGAAUUCGCUAAUGAUAAAUAAAUUAAUGGUUUUCAAUAUUCAUUAAAUGGACUUGAAUAAACGGUAGCAUAACUAAGUUUUAAUUCUACAAUAAGUGAAAGAAGUUACCUUAAAAUUGAUAGACCGAGUAUUAAAGCAUCAUAUAUUGAAUUUAAGAGUGUAUGUGGUUGA